UUAUUAAAUGUAAAUAAGAAAUAAGUUCACACAAAUGAAGUGUUGUAGAUUAAAAAAAAAUAGAAAAAAGAACACUCACCUAGCCAUUUAAUCUUCAAUUAUGCACAUAUGAGAUUUUCACAUCGUAUUUCGGUUAAAACACGCGUCAAACUCACAAAUAGGAGAAAAAUAAGAAAAUUAAACAAAAAAGGAAAUUGGAGUUCAACGUACGUAAUUAUAUUCUUCAAACAAUAAAUUGAUUAUUAUCAGUUUUGUUACCUAUGGGAUUUAACAUUUCGAUUUAAGCCUCAAAAUGAAUCAUCAUCAAAGAACAAACUCCCUGCAUCAUCAAAUGCUUUGACACUACUCUUCUCAAUUACUACUACUACUAGCCAAAUAAUCAACCAUACACUAUAUAUAAAUUAAUAUUAAUGGCUUCGAGUAAUCCAGAUUUACCAGAAGGCACAGUACGUAACCUAAUGGAACAAGACACAUUAAAAUGGGUAUUUGUAGGUGGAAAAGGUGGUGUAGGGAAAACAACAUGCAGCUCAGUACUAGGGAUCCUUCUUUCACAAGUCAGAUCAUCAGUUCUAAUAAUAUCAACUGAUCCAGCUCACAACCUUAGCGAUGCAUUUCAACAACGUUUUGCUAAAACUCCAACCGUCGUUAAUGGUUUCACCAAUUUGUACGCCAUGGAAGUUGAUCCAACUAUAGAGAAUGAAGAAGGCGGUUCAGAAGGAGUGGACGGUUUUUUCUCAGAUUUGGCGAAUGCAGUUCCAGGAAUUGAUGAAGCUAUGAGUUUCGCUGAGAUGCUAAAAUUGGUGAAAACAAUGGAUUACUCUGUAAUAGUGUUUGAUACAGCACCAACGGGACACACUCUCCGGCUGUUACAGUUCCCGUCGACACUAGAGAAAGGGCUUGCCAAAAUAAUGAGUUUGAAGAGCAAAUUUGGUGGUGUGCUAAGUCAGAUGACUCGUAUCUUUGGUGUUGACGAUGAAUUUGGUGAGGAUGCAAUUCUCGGCAAGCUUGAAGCCAUGAGGGAUAUUAUUGAACAAGUGAACAGACAAUUUAAGGAUCCAGACAUGACGACAUUUGUUUGUGUUUGCAUUCCGGAAUUCCUCUCUCUAUAUGAGACUGAAAGACUUGUUCAGGAACUCACUAGGUUUGAGAUUGAUACACACAACAUUAUAAUUAACCAAGUGCUCUUUGAUGUAGAAGUUGUUGAAUCCCAGUUGCUGAAGGCUAGAAUGCGGAUGCAACAGAAGUACUUGGAUCAGUUCUACACGUUAUAUGACGACUUCAAUAUUACCAAGCUGCCAUUGCUACCACAAGAGGUUUGUGGUGUUGAAGCUCUGAAAGCUUUCAAGUAUCAUUUUCUAACACCAUACCGACCUUCUCGUGCGCGUUGUUCAGCGGAAGAGUUGGAGAGUGGAAUAGCCAAACUGAAAGAACAGUUGAAAGAUGCUGAAGCAGAAUAUGAAAAAAUUAGAAAAGGAAAAAAUCAGGUUCAAUCUUAGAAAGACUUUUCAAAUGUUGGGGAAAUAGUGCCAUUGAACAAAUUAUCGUGUUCUUUGAGGAUGUAUAAUUGUUUCAUUCAUUGCUAUCCAGAAGGCAAUAAAUCUAGCUCCUUGGUCUUACAAUAUGCUGCUUCUUUGAGGUAGUGGAUGAUUAGGAUCUUACAAAGAUCUUGGAUUUGUAAGUUGUAACUACCAAAUCCUUAUUUUAUCAGGAAAUAUUGGAAAACAAAAUUCUUGAAGAA